AGUAAUCUGAGUCGCAGUGGUUGCGGUUCGAAGACUAUGUAGAUGGCUGGGUAUUCAAUUGGAUACAGCGCAGUUAAUUAAAAAUCUUUGUUAUGCUAUGUUUGGCUUAUACAACGAAUUAAAUUUCUUUGUACUUCCAUAACGUGACUCAGACUUUUUGUUACUCGUGGAAGUUCUGUCUUAUCUGAAGUUUGCCAGUAAUUCGCCACAAUGCCUAUCCUCUACAGUGUAAUAGCAAGAGGUACCAUAGUUCUCACAAAAUAUGCCUCAUGUGCUGGGAACUUCACUGAAGUCACAGAACAGAUCAUGACAAAAAUACCACCUCAUGAUGCAAAGCUGACAUAUUCCCAUGGCAGCUAUCUUUUUCAUUACAUUUGUGAAAACAGAAUAAUAUACAUGUGCAUUACAGAUGACGAAUUUGUACGUUCAAGGGCAUUUCUGUAUCUGAAUGAAAUCAAGCGGAGGUUUCAAACAGCUUAUGGCUCCAGAGCAGACACAGCUUUGGCAUAUGCAAUGAACACAGAAUUCUCUCAAGUUCUAGCCAAUGAAAUGAGAUAUUAUUCAGAAUCGCGAGAGAUUGACACCAUCUCCCGAGUUCAUGGGGAAUUGGAUGAUCUGAAGAACAUCAUGGUUAAAAACAUUGAUAAUGUGGCUAUGCGAGGGGAGAGACUGGAACUGCUUGUGAACAAAACAGAAAACCUUAGCGUGAACUCUGUUACUUUCCGUAAGACAAGCCGCAACCUGGCACGCUCCAUGUUCUGGAAGAAUGUGAAGCUGUACAUUAUUAUUGGAAUAGUCAUCCUACUGAUUGUCUACUUCAUUGUUUCCAUGGCAUGUGGAGGCCUUGCUUGGCAGAAAUGCAUUGGGAACUAAACCAGAAAUUUUUACCAAGGACAUCUCCAUUGAAUUUCUGAGAAGUCUCAGUUCUGAUUUACCAUCACCAGGUUUUGGUUGCAGUGGUACUGUGCCAGAAAUUGAAAUGUUGGUGACUGUAGACUUCUGUUGCAAGGUGCUACAGUGAGCAUUGAGUGGAACUGACUGUUUUUUUACAAACCUCGUUUGCUUAUUGAAGUUUUCUUUGCAUUGUUAUAGUGUCUUGCCCUUCUAAUUAUCAUACAGCUCCUUAAGUAUUAGGACCAAUAUCAAGGACUGAAUCGCAUGUUAUGAGUGGGUUGUAUUUGGUCAUAAUGUUUGUCAAGAAGUGUGCCUGCUUUGCAGUUUUUAUAUCCUAAUUAUACAGAAUCUGAAACACUAUCGGAAGUCAAGCUGUUGAGCAGUUAAUGUCAGAUAUAUCACUGCAUAAUUCACAUUCUCUGUUUUCUGUUUAAAUUGAAGCAGUACCUACAUAGUUGUGGUUAUAUGACCUUGGGAGGUAUAAUUUCAAAUACAGAGUUCUUAGAUUACUGUAUACUUUAUCAUGAACGGCAUGGCUUUGGUAACUGCAGUCAGGAAGGUAUUAGCAACAAGAACAUAUCAGAUAUGAUACAUGAGACUGCUGGUGUUAAAGCAGGUACUUACAACUUCGUUGGCAGUUCUGCUCUGUUUUCUUGCAGUAUGCUUAAGAACUUAAUAGAUAAUUACAGUUUGUUGUAAAAAGGGUAUAUAUAUAGGAAACUAAGCAGAUGUUUUUAAUACCAUUUGAUUUAUCAUACCACACUAAAUGCUUUGGGAAAGAAAAUAAUGGGAACACCUAUGAAUCUAGUUUUAUAUGAAUUGUCAGUUUUGUUUCUCCUGCAUCAGUACUUCCAUUCUUACCCAGUAGAGUAAAAUGCUGAAUGUAUAGCAGGUUCUUGCAGUAUGUCUGCAUACCUGUUUAGGAAAUGCCCAGAUUUUCAAAAUAUUUAUGUGGUGUUAUGGAAAAAGAGAGUAACAUUACAAAUAGCAUAUUUCAGGAGGAGAAACAGCUUGAAUGUUUUUGCAGAAUUCAUGUGUUAUUAAAACUUCUGUGCAAACUGUACUCUAGUAUAAUAAUAAUUUUUGUAACAAACCAUA